AUGGCUACUAUCCAGAGAGCUGUCAUCUCGCUCCUCUUGAUCCUUUCGAUCACCUUUGUCUUCUUUGCUCAGAGCACAGAGGCUGCCAAGGGACCGAAGAUCACCCACAAGGUGUACUUCGACAUCACCCACGGCGAUGAAGAGCUAGGCCGCAUCACCAUCGGUCUUUACGGCAAGACCGUCCCCAAGACCGCCGAGAACUUCCGCGCUCUGGCCACUGGCGAGAAGGGUUUCGGGUACGAGGGCUCUACUUUCCACCGCGUUAUCAACAACUUCAUGAUCCAGGGUGGUGAUUUCACAAAGGGUGACGGAACUGGCGGAAAGAGCAUUUAUGGCGCCAAGUUCCCUGAUGAGAACUUCAAGCUCAAGCACACCCGCAAGGGUCUCCUCAGCAUGGCCAAUAGUGGAAAGGACACCAACGGGAGUCAGUUCUUCAUCACCACCGUCGUCACCAGCUGGCUCGAUGGCCGCCACGUCGUUUUCGGAGAGGUCCUCGAGGGCUACGAGGUCGUGGAGAAGAUUGAGAAUGUAAAGAAGGGACCUGGAGAUAAGCCGGUUGAGACUGUCAAGAUCGCCAAGAGUGGCGAGUUCGAGUAUGCAUUCUUUGCUAUUGAGUCGAUCCCUCAGGUUGGAGAGCUGCUGAUAGUUGUACCAUUUCUUCAAGAUUUAUACGGACUUGCUGAACCCGCCAUUCCUGGCGACGAACUCGAUAUCACGGCAACUCCGUCCAAGGAUGACGUCGUCAACAUUGCUGAAGUAUCCCAGGCCUCUGCCACCAAGCCCAAGCUUCCUGGUAUGGCUGCUGUUACUGGUUCCGCUGAUGGUCUGUCCAUGGGCCAAAAGCUUUUCUUUAUCGGGGCUGUCGUCGCGGUCUGCGUGCUGUUCUUGAAGUCGCGAAACGGUGGGCAAGGUAACAUUAUGGGUGGGCUUAAGGAGAAAAGCAUGGCCUAG